UGAUCUGCAUUUUCUUUCAUCGGUCGGCUGACCCAUUAGAUCCUGGUUUGGGCCCUAGCCUCCAAGUUUCAGAACUUUGAAAAGAAAGGAGAAGACCAAAGGGGUUUCCGACUUGCCCUCUCGAGUACAGUCACCGCCGGUGAGCGAGGGUAAGGGCUAAAGACAUGAGCUUGGUAGGGGAGAAGGUGAUCCUGGUUCCUUACAUGAGAGAGCACGUGCCCAAAUACCAUCAAUGGAUGCAGGACCCUUCUCUUCUCCAAGCCACUGGAUCCGAACCCUUGAGCUUAGACCAAGAGUAUCAAAUGCAUCUCUCUUGGACCCAAGACCCCAAUAAGCAUACAUUCAUUGUGUUGGAUAAGGAGUUGAUGGAGGGAAGUUUCGUCCAUGGAGAUGCCCAUGUUGAAGCAAUGGCUGGUGAUGUGAACAUAUAUAUGAAUGAUCCAGACAACCUACUGCUAGCGGAGGUUGAGAUCAUGAUUGCUGAGCCAAAAAGCCGUGGAAAGGGACUUGGCAAGGAGUCAGUAUUGAUGAUGAUGGAAUUUGCAGUCGACAAAUAUGGAAUCCAGACAUUUUGUGUCAAAAUCGGAGAAACAAACACAGCAUCACUAGGACUCUUUCGCAAAUUGGGUUUUAAGGAUGCUUCUUACAGUGAAGUCUUUAAAGAGGUAACUUUGGAGUUGCCAGCAACGGAUCUCUGCCUUGGGAAACGACUAAUGUCAACAGAAGAACCUGUCGAUAACAAACAUUUGGUUGAUUCAAAGAUCGGUGAAUAAAUGGUGGAACAUCGAUUAUAUAUGAUCAGUGAGAAGCAACUUCAAAUUUGUUUGAAGAUCACUUCUUAUAGUCGAAUCGACGUCAGUACCAGAGAUCAAAGAGCGAGAUCAAUUGUAUACAUCUUAUGAACAAGUUAACAUCGACCGUGAAUUACUCUCAACAGCCUAAUCGAUGUGGGUGUUGUUUAAAUGCUCAAGCUCUAGACUAAUAUUUAAUGACAUCAGGAUUGAGCAUGCAGCUCGUGUUGCCUUGCCAAACGAAUGUCUAUGUAAUGAAAUUAGUGAUACUUACGCUUUAAGUA